AUGUGUGGCUCCAUCCAGCCGAGCAGUCCGGUGGGCUUCAAGGGAUUCGGGAUCGCGAAGGAGAAGCUGGAGACCCGGGUGCCCUUCGUCCACGAGGGCGAGGAGUUCGCGCUGGGGCACGGGAGCGUCCUCAUCGCGGCCAUCACCUCCUGCACCAACACCAGCAACCCCUCCGUCAUGCUGGGCGCGGGUCUGCUGGCGAAGAAGGCGGUCGAGGCCGGGUUGAAAGUCCAGCCGUACAUCAAGACGAGUCUGAGCCCCGGGUCGGGGGUCGUGACCCGGUACCUGCAGGAAUCGGGGGUCCUCCCGCACCUCACGGCGCUGGGGUUCCACAUCGCGGGGUAUGGGUGCAUGACGUGCAUCGGGAACUCGGGCCCUCUGGACGAGCAUGUCGUCGCUGCAAUCGAGAAGGGCGACUUGGUGUGCUGCGGGGUGCUGUCGGGGAACAGGAACUUCGAGGGCCGGAUCCACCCGCACACGAGGGCGAAUUACCUCGCGUCUCCGCCGCUCGUCAUCGCCUAUGCGCUCGCCGGCACGGUCGCCAUCGACUUCCAGUCCCAGCCCAUCGGCCACAGCAGCGAAGACGGGAAGCCAGUCUACUUGAGGGACAUCUGGCCGUCUCCAGAGGAGAUCCGGGAAGUGGAGCUGAAGCAUGUCCUCCCGCAUAUGUUCCAGGAGGUGUAUGGGAACAUUGGAAGAGGGAAUGAGAGGUGGAACAGCCUGGAUGCUCCUGAGGGCACAUUGUAUUCUUGGGACCCUGAAUCCACCUACAUUCGAAGCCCUCCAUUUUUCAGUAACAUGACCAAGGAGUUGAAGGGGGUGAGUUCAGUGGAGGAUGCCCAUGUCCUUCUGUUCCUGGGCGACUCGGUGACAACAGACCACAUCUCCCCUGCCGGGAACAUUGCCCGCAACAGCCCGGCGGCUCGAUAUCUCACUGCCCGAGGGGUGACACCUCGGGAGUUCAACACUUACGGCUCGCGUAGGGGAAACGACGAGGUCAUGGCCCGAGGGACAUUUGCCAACAUUCGACUGGUGAACAAGUUCUUGGGCCGGGCUGCUCCACGUACCAUUCACUUCCCAUCUGGAGAUGAGAUGGACGUGUACGAGGCUGCGGAGCGGUACAGGGAGGAAGGUCGUCCGUUGAUCAUCCUGGCAGGAAAGGACUAUGGUAGUGGAUCUUCCAGGGAUUGGGCUGCCAAGGGCCCUUUCCUACAAGGAAUCAAGGCAGUGAUAGCAGAGUCAUUCGAGAGGAUCCAUCGAAGCAACCUGGUGGGGAUGGGGAUCAUGCCACUGGAGUUUCUUCCCGGGGAAUCGCCCGACACUCUUGGGCUCACGGGCAAAGAGACCUUCUGCAUCGAUAUUCCACGAGACCUCAAGCCUAAGCAGACUCUUACUGUUAAGGUGAGCGGUGGGCAGGAAUUCGGCGCAGUGGCCCGCUUCGACACCGACGUCGAGCUCACCUACUUCAGGCACGGGGGCAUUCUCAACUACAUGAUCCGCAAGAUGCUCAAUUGAACCAAGGGGGGACUCGCAUCCUUCUCGGCUUUGUUCGCGUGCUCAAUUUUUAGACGACUGGGGUCAGGGUAGUUUUGAUCUGAACAUUUAGAAGCCGAAUUUUAUUGCCGUAUGAAAUCCUUUGGGAAGAUAUUACUUCGUGGUUGCACUGGUUAUGUAGCUGUGUAAAUAAUGUAUCCAGUGAUGUUCCUUUUGUAAUGCGAGAGAUGGUCACGGCUCGGGGCCGUGACCGUCGAGAAGACAUUUAGAUCUUCCUGCCAAAUGUACCUUUUGUGUCAUAUGGUUCUUCCACUUGAUUUUCUCACCUUUUUCAGCUGUGGAGCCUGAUGCGGCUCACAUUCUAUAGAGAAGUAGUCAUGUAAUUAGAAUUUCUUUACCUGGGAUCACAGGCAUAGAGGUAGGUCUUUUUUGGCUUAGGAAAGAUGUGUUCCCUCUCACUGCAAUAUCAUGUGCAUAGAUGAAAUUAGACUCGUAGGAACUACCUCAAAGUAACGAAGCGCACAAAUUCUGGGGUGUUCGACCAAAGUGAAUGUGAAUUUUGAACUUGUAGAAGUUAAAUGUCAUGCAUUCUAGAUAAAACCGGUGAUCCACUUACUUAUGUCGAAGGUCUCCGGUUUGCAUUUUAAUUACAAGGCUAUAUACCAAGGUAAUUAUUUUCUUAUAUUAGAGGAGCGGUGAACAAUAGGGCAGUCGUCACGAUACUCGUCUUCAUGUUACAAAUGAAACAUUCGCACAAUGUAUCUAGGUCAUUUUCAAGCUUUUAUGGUCAUAUUGUUGAUAUGCUGACUUCGUGGCUACUCGACACCGUGAAAGUUCUGGUAUCUGUCGUUUUCCUAUUCAAUAAAGCAUAUCAUCGGA